UGUGGAGGGGGCAGACAUGUCCCUGUGACCUGUGCCAGCUCGGGGUAGCCAUGGCACACAGAUGUGAUGCAUGGGUGGCUCUGAUGCAGACAUGUCCCCUGGGCUCUGCUGGGUGCCCUGGGGGACCAUUCCCAUGGCCUUUCCCAUGGGUGCCAGUGACCCCGUAGGGACAGCUUGGGGACAGCCCCCACAGCCCUGUCCCCUGAGUGCUGGUGUCCCCGUGGCAGCAGUCCCCACCCAGCCCCUCUUCCCUUCUCCCUUCCAGCCCAAGCCCUCGGCCUCGCUGGCACCCAGCUCAGCCAGCUCACGCUGGAUCCUCCCUGGACGCCGGUGUUCCAGACUGAGACGGUGAUGCUGACUUGCCGGGGCUCCAGUAUGCCUGGCCCCACUUACUGGUACAUCAACAAUAAGCUGUGGUGGCAGGAAGGAUCUGACCGCAUCCAUGCCUCCAAAGACUACCCUGGCAGCGGCAGCUACCAGUGCCGCGGCCCCGGUGCUGAGCUCAGCCCCCCCAUCACCCUCAGCUUCUCAAAUGACUGGCUGAUACUGCAGGUGCCGGCGCGGACGCUGCUGGAAGGGGACAGGCUGCAGCUGCGCUGCCGGGGCUGGAAGGACAAGCACAUCAGCCAGGUGCAGUUCUUCCAUGAGCGGGAUGUGCUGAAGGAUCCCACCCUGGGGGCUGAGCUGUACCUGCAACCCCUGCAGCUGCACCACAGCGGGCACUACCACUGCCAGGCUGUGGUGCAGUACUUAUUAGUAGGGUGGCAGAAAUCGGCACCGGUAAUGGUGGCAGUGCAAGAGCUCUUCUCGGUGCCAGUGCUGCGCCUGGAGGGCCCGGCCGAGAUCACCGAGGGAAGCCCCCUGGCCCUGAACUGCUCCAGCCACUCCAGCCCCCUGCGGCCCCCUGCCCACCUCCAGUACAUCUUCUACAAGGACAGGGUGGUAGUUGGGGGGCCCCAGGGCUCCCCCCAACUCCAGCUGCUGGCUGUGGGGCUGUCUCACUCAGGGAACUACUACUGCGAAGUGUGGGCAGAGACAGCCAGCGUGUGGAAACACAGCGCCCCGGUCACUGUCACCGUGUACAGGGUCCCAGUCUCAGGGGUGUCCCUGGUGGCGCAGCCCCCCGGCGGGCAGGUGGUGGAGGGCGACCGCCUGGCGCUGAACUGCUCGGUGGCCGUGGGGACGGGGCCCCUCUCCUUCUCCUGGCACCGGCAGGGCUCAGCCACACCGCUGGCCAUGGGCCCCCGCUACGAGCUCCACGCCGUGGGGCGCCAGGAUAGCGGCCGCUACCACUGCUCCGUCACCGAUGGCAGCACCACAGCCGACAGCCCGCCGCUGCGGGUCACCGUCCUGGUGCCGGUGGCCGGUGCUGCCAUUGCGAUGGCAAGGACGGAGCCGUCGGUGCUGGCGGGUGAAAACCUCAACCUGAGCUGCUCGGUGCGGGCAGGCACCGCACCCGUGAACUUCACCUGGCUGCGGGACAGGCAGGAGCUGGGCUGGGGGCCCCUUCUGUCCCUGGGGGCCGUGGGGCCUGAGCAUGCCGGCACCUACCAGUGCCUGGCCACCAACAGCCUGGGCACCCACCGCGUCUUCUGGGCGCGCAGCCCGGUGCUCACCCUCUCGGUGGUGCUGCCGGGACAGGGAUGGCAGCAUCAGGGCACAGCCAUGGCCACGGGGCUCAGCGUGCCCCUCCUGCUCCUGCUCGCUGCCGUGGGCUGGCAGCUCCGGCGCCGGCAUCGUGCAGCCACCAGGAGAAGCCAGGGCAGGGACCCCACUGCCCCCCCGGAGCCUGAGGGUCACCUGCCAGAGCCCGCAGCCCACCCCAGGGUGCUGAAGAACAAGGAGGUGGAGGACGAGGAGGUGCUGUACACCCAUGUUGUGGUCACCAAGCAGGGUGAGUGCACAUCAGCAUCUCGGCCCCCCUGGGGCUCCCCCCAUCCCCCACCCCCGUGGGAGCCACCUGUCACGUACGCGGUGCUGCCAGGUCCCCAUGCGCAGCCACAACUCCCAAGUGACAUCUACGAGAACAUCCCGUGACACCAGGGACACCGCCCCUGCACUGGUGCAUGCUGGUGUCCCCACCAGUGGGCACCCACGGGUGUGUCCCCCCCCACAUACCCUGGGAAAACCCCUGGACACAAACCCCACGGCUGCCAUGGGGCACCCACUCGGCUCGGGGCCCGAUCCGGAUCAGCAGAGCCCAACUCGAGUUGGGGGGGGGGGGGGGAUCCUGUGUGGGGCUACACAGUGACCCCAGUGCUCCCCCUUCCCCCUCCCAGCACCCUCAGGGGCUCCCCGUUCCCCCUCCCAGUCCUCCCCCUUCCUGCCAAGACUCCCCAGUGCUGCCAGCAAUCCCCUGCUCCCCCUGCAGCGGGACCCCCAAAGCCUGAGGAGCCCCCAGGGCCCCCCCCAGGCUCAGAGGUGCUGGGUUCUUGCUACUGGUCCCCUCCCCACCGGGGGUGCUGGGGGAUUCUUUGCAGGGCCACAGCAGGGCACAGGAGCCGUUCCCAUGGUAUUGCCCCCAAAAUACAGUUUUUUUUAGUUAAA